UGUGAAAAGUUCUCAAAAUGAAAUUGAGUUGGCUAACAACGGGUAUUCUUAUUCUCAUCCUAGCUAAUAAAUCCGCAUCCCUGCUUUGGCCAGCUUCUUCCAAUUUGGGUUUAACCCUUUCGGUGUCCACACCCAUUGCUGAACUAUUUCCUGAGCGUCGUAUCCUGGUCGAUUGGUGCUUUGCCAUCUCCUACAACUAUCCCUACAAUCUCACUGAGUUCUAUAGCAUACCCAUCUGGCCGGGAUUUGCCAACUAUAAGGCGAAACGCGAAGUUCCCCAAUUGGAACUGACGGAUGAGAGCUUUUAUACCAAAUACGGACAUGAUAAGGGGAAUGGUAUGCACCCCAAGGAUUUUUCAGCUGCAGAGCUUUAUGCCUUCCUUGAGGAUACGUUGGCGGGAUACGGCUUCCAUGAGACCUGUUUGCUGAGAAGUGUCUGUGAGUUGGCACAACAUCCCUUCGAUGAAAACCACAAGCAUAUGCUCAGCGAUAUUGUGACCUUUGUUCUGAGCCCCUCUCAACACGAAGGUUUUCGUGACGACGAACACGUUUACAGGAAGGCCUACGAACUGGCCGAGCAAGAUGGUUUUCUGGGCCGGGACUGCCUUAAAUUGUACUCCCAUUGCAAACACGAUCUCCUACAACUCAUGAGCCAAGUCGUAUUUCACUAGAACUAAUAAAA